GGUUUCGCGUGGGUGGACCUGGGGGCCGCUCCGCACGCGUACGGGCCGCUGAGGGGCGGGCAGGGGCAGGUUUUCCCCCACAGCCUGCCACAUGCCACCUCUUUCCAACCCGACCACGUCAGUACGGCAAUGCUGCCCGAGCUUGCGGCUCUAGCAGCCUCCGCCGUACGACACCUCGUGUGGCCGCCGCUACAGCACGUGCCUGGGCAGCGGCAGCUGGGGGCGGCGCUAGCUGACGUUAUGCCGUACAAAAAGAAGGGCGGGGAAGGAGCGGGAGCAGGAGCAGGGGGGCAAGGCACGCUUGUGGUGCAGGUGGUGCACAUACACGACACGCUGGCCAUCCCGCCCCGCAGCGUCAAGCUGGAUGUACUGCAGGCCGAGCUGGACGCCGCGCUGUACGGCAGUGCCGUACGAGUGGAGGUCCGAGAGUCGUACUUGAGCUUCUCCAUGUGCGACCUCUGCGUGAGCGCGUACAGCAGCGCCCUCCGCGUGCGCACCCGGCGGCAGGAGGGCAGCAGCGUGACGGCGGCGGCGGGGCAGGUGCUAGACAGAUUGGUACUGCACCGCAGCAUGAGGGAGUACGACGAGGUCGUCCUGGCCUACUCUGGCGUGCACGACACGUCGGGUGUGCUGCCGGUGUUUGUGUUCGACCUGUCGCUGCGGGAGGAGGCGCUGCUGCUGGAUGGGGAGCUGCAGGCCGCCGCUUUCCCCGACAUGGUCCUAGCGGUUGCCUCGUUGGCGCCCCCGGCCCGCACCCGCACCAGCUGCGGCCACAUGUCGCGCAACUUGCAGCCGGAGGACGUGACUCGGGGCGUGCUGGGGGCGGUGCUGCAGUCAGCCUUCGCCCUGCCCCACACCGCCCAGCGCUACCACCCCUCCUCCGGCGCCGGCUGGGAUUACCUGUGGACGCUGGGCGCCACCCCCUUCGCGCCGCUGUCGGCGGCUACGCAGCUCUCCCGGCCGCUGGCGGCGGCGGCGGUUCGCAACCUGGCGCUGGCGGAGGCGGAGAGGCAGGCGGGCAGGGUGGCGGCGGUGCUGAGGGGUCUGUUGCAUCUCGCCCCGGGAAAGCACGGCGGCGGGGGAGGCGACUGGCGCGCCGCACUGCCCUCCGCGCCGCAGCGACAGCGAUUGGCGGCGAGAGUCAAUGUGGCGGCGCUAAAGCUGGGAAUGGCGGCGGCGGCGCUGGGACAGGGGCGCAACGCAGAUGCCCUACGCAUAGCCCUCCAGAUGUCCCCAGACGCCGCGGCCAUAGAGCACGUCGCAGCUCAGCUGCAAUCCACGCUGCUAGCCAAACUGGAUUGCAGUGCGGCGCCGCUGGUGACCCAUGGGUCGGCAUCAUCCCGUUUCAUCAGCCACUGGCUGCUGCCGUAUAUGCCGUACAUUGGGCUGUUGUGGCCGCCUCUGGGCAGCUUGGCGUUAUGGGUUGCGGCGGGGUGGUGGCGGGGUCGUUGGGCGAGGAAGCGUGCUGAUGCGCGGUACGACAAAAUCUAUUGAUGCAAGGGGGGAAGAUCCAAGAUCCGAAGAUCAGAGGUGUAUGAGAUUAGGGUUUUGUGUGCGAUUAAGAGAUUCCACAAAGUCGAACAGCCUGCUUAGUCGUGUAUGGAGUCACUGGAUUCCCAGGAUCUGAGAAACAAAGCUCCCGGCUCCACGGCUUGUUGCGAUGUUUAGACGUUGUACGACAGGGCCUGAAGGCAGUCCAAACCGGUGUUGGCAGAGGCAUGUAAAGGUUGCUGACAAGUCGCUGAGCUGCUGUGGUGAAUGGAUUCGGAAUGCACACCAGAUGGGAGGUGCUGCUCUAGGCUGCACUAUCCUGCUUUUGUGAGAAGCUGCGGUGAUGGGUCAUAAGCGGUUUGCUGGCCUGCUGGCUAACCGUCGAAAGGGUUGGGACGGAGCUUUGCUCUGGUGCAUGCAAUGCAGUGAUGUGAGAGGAACGGACGGGGCAAAGGUGGGCGUGAGGAAGAGCCCUAGGCUCGAUGAGGGUGGGCGUGAGGAAGAACCCUAGGCUCGAUGAAGGUGGGCGUGAGGAAGAGCCCUACGCUUGAUGAAGGUGGGCGUGAGAAAGAACCAUUGACUCGAUGCCGGUACGUUCAGCUGCUGUGGAUAUUAUGCUCAAGAAAAGAAACAUCCUGAAAUUGAACCAGAGCUGGUUAACCAGAGCAUCCUCUCAACAGUGUGAGAGGAUGAACCAGAAGUUCGUGACACCAACGAACCGUACGACCAGAAGGCAGCGUGGAUGAGGUAGGCAUGUUCCGACCCACGGGUCACAGCACCACGCAAGUCAUCCGAUUAAGGUUUAGGCGCAUUAUUACGUGGUACGCGGGGGAUUCCACCAUUGUUAGAUUGCCACGGAGGUUAACUGGGG